UGUUGAGGCAAGAGCAACAUAGCCUAACAUUUUCAUUGAAAAGAGACUUAUCUCGCUCGGCUCUCCGAUUGAAUACCCCUAAUUGAGUUAAAGGGGUUGCGAACGGUGGCCAGAAGACUCUCAAAAGAACCCCCGUGACCUUCCCCUGAGUGACGACGGGGGGAAUUCAUAACGCGAGUGACACCAGGUGCUCGGGGAAAAUUGGAGCAGAAUAAAGAUCGAAAUUCGGUGGAAAACCAGGGAAAUAGGGAGACUGCCCCGCGAUGGCCAUCAACAAUGAGCCCACGUCGGGUUCCUUGCGAAAUAGAUCAGUGAAAAAGGGGGACAGAGGUGUUGCAAAGAGCACGAGUGGCGGGGAAUUGAGUGAGGGGCAUCAAUUGCGCGCUGAGACCGACAGUUUUCCGAAUAUCAAUGAGAGGCCUGUUGAUGACAUCUCCAUUGAAUUUUUUUACACUCCUCAUACUAUUACACUUCUUCUUAUUUCCAUUGGUGCUGUUAUUUAUUUCGCAUUCGUGAGAGACGUUACAGACGAGAACGACAACAUCUGGGCAGGAAUCUACUGCGUAAUCUUCUUCUUCCUGAUAAUAUCAGUAUUAACAUUUCCGAAUGGUCCCUUCACACGUCCCCACCCAGCAGUCUGGAGGAUAGUCUUCGGCUGCAGUGUCCUCUACCUCAUGAUGCUGCUCUUCAUGCUCUUCCAGAGUUACGAAACUGUGCGAAAAAUUCUGGUGUGGGUGGAUCCGAAAUUAUCGGCAUUUCACAUAGACAUGGACAAGGAGUACGGGGUCAACUGUUCUGACAUAACUGUGGAGAAGAUCUGGAACCACAUGGACAUAUUCGCUGUCGCUCAUUUCCUCGGGUGGACGUUCAAGGCUGUGUUGAUUAGGCACCUGGGUCUGCUGUGGGCCACCAGCAUCAUGUGGGAACUCACGGAAAUGGCUUUUGCACAUUUACUACCGAAUUUCAUUGAGUGCUGGUGGGAUGCUGUCGUUCUGGAUGUUCUUGUCUGCAAUGCUCUUGGGAUCUGGGUGGGUUUAAAAAUCUGCUCGAUCCUCGAGAUGCGUGAGUACAAGUGGGUCAGUAUAAGGGACAUCUCGAGUACAACUGGAAAGUUAAAACGUGCUGUACUACAAUUCACACCGGCAAGCUGGACAUCUACCAGAUGGCUCGAUCCAACAUGCACGUAUAUGCGUUUUGUUGCAUUGUGCCAGCUAGUUAUUUUCUGGCAGGUCUCUGAGUUGAACACGUUUUUUCUUAAACACGUUUAUGAAUUCCCACCGUCACAUCCAUUCGUCAUCUCCAGAUUAUUUCUCGUUGGUGUUAUCGUAGCGCCUUCAGUCAGACAAUAUUAUAUGUACGUCACAGACCCUACAUGCAGUCGAGUUGGUACCCAGUGUUGGGUCUAUGGUGCAAUAAUGGUCACUGAGGCGCUACUCUGCAUUAGGCAUGGUGCUGAGCUCUUCGAGAGAACUCAGGCUGUCAACAUCAUCGUUUGGCUGCUCUGUCAGUCUUUAAUAUCAGUCCUGUGUGUCUACGGUUGCGUUCUCUGGCAUAAAUACUUCGAGACGGAAAAGCAAAACCCGCCGACCCAACAGGACAAGUGUCGCGUCGAAACAGCUACAUGUGAUGGACAAUUGGAUAUCGUUGAAGACAGCUCUGUGGAGGCUUCUGACUCAGGAAAAAAGGAACUGUAAUCGCAUUGGGCUGUCAAACUCAUCAGAACAUUCUAGUCAUGCCACCUGAUCAAUGACAUACCUCCAAAGUUCGUAAAGCACCUGACGAAAUGCCAUAAAGCCACAAUGGAGAGAGUAAAAAAUAAAACCGCUGUGAAACAUGAAUUAGGAAUAGGUUCCCAGGCUGUAGGUCUUCGGCGUCAGUCAUCCCUUCGAGAAGUACUUCUUUGAGAACAUGAAACUAUCGAGCUGCAGGAACGGGGACCUCGAGGUAUGGAAAUACUCCGCAGGUGAAUGCUGGCAGCAGUUGAGAGCCUUCUGCACACUUGAAGACCUCACCAAUCCUUCGGUUGCUCAUCGCAGCUGCAUAAACUCGCAGUCUACCUGGCAACUGGGGAUUCUCGUGCAACGAGAUGGACGAGGCAGUGAGUGGUGCCUUUGUACAGUGCGUCUGUAAAUUAAUUGAUCUAUAGAAUUCAAAGAUUAUAAAAUUAUUGAGGGAAUUCUUUGAUGAGGAAUUUGCAUGAAUUUCUUCAAUUUUUUUGUGAAACAAUUUUUAGUGCUUGAUGAUUCGUUUUCAAUCUCAUAAUUAUUAAUUCAUGAUUUUUUAAUAUAAAAAAUUAUUAAUUUUUACUAUCAGUAAAUAACAGAAUGUAUAAAUGAGGGCAUGAGGAAGAACAAAUUCAUGCAAGUUUCCUAUUGAAUUCAGAGAUUGAUUUUUGCACAAUUUUAACGACAAACAAAGAAAAAAAUGUGAAAAUUGUGCAAAACGACGAAUGAUUGAAUUACAAGAAUUAGUUUUAAGGAGAUAUUUUGACGAGGGAAUCACCUGUGCGUAUGCGAUGUAGAAUAGUUGAUCGAUGUUGAAGUCUAGCCAAUGGGUGGGUUUUGCUUGAGUCAGCCCCAGCCUGUCCAAAGUAUCGUGAGCCAGUCUCACUCCCGCAGCGUCAGACAGUCUCUCAUUUAACGUGUGCGGAGGGAUCUACUCGAGAAAGCAAUUAGUUUAUUUUAUUCUCUGAAGUAUCAGGUCAAAGGAGCGAAAAAUGCAGAUCAUUGAGUUGACAAAAAAAAAGACAAGCACCAAAGUUUUUCGAAGGGUCAUUUAAGUAAAUAAUAAAUCAACUUUUACCCUCAAUUUCACGAGCUGAUCAGACCGAGGAAUUGUCAUUUCAGUUGAAUACUGAAAGAUCUCAUCCCUCUGGCAAUUGAUAUAGUUCUCAUAAUUUAUCAUAGUGAAAUUGUAGUCAUGCAGAAUAGGGAAGCCAGAGCCUCGGGUCCCAUUCCAAUACUGAAUACCUAAACCAAAAGAAUAACCGAAUCAUCAACGAUAUAAAUGUUACAGAGACGCUCAACGAUUCAUUGUACAUACAUUCUCGUAUGUAUUAUUUCAUUUUUCAUAUGAUUUUCAUUGUUUUUUUUCGACAACAUUUACGUCUAAUUAGAGUACUUGGGGUAUCUCUAGGGAUAACAGUCAUUAGUUUUUAAUGAUAUUUUACCGUUGACAUCGAAAUAACUUGUUAUCUCGUGCGCUAGGAGAUUACCGACACUCGACAGCGUUGCAUAGUCGUACUUUUCGUUUUUCCUGGUGAAUUUUAAUGAUUCUAGGGCACCUAGGGGGACUAGAAUUACGUUGAGGGCGUGGAGAGAUCGUGGGAGGGGUUGAAAUGCCGUUGCAAAGUGUCUCCAACUGUAAAUUUCAUUGUUUUUUUUUAUUGUUGCGAGGUGAAGUCGUAAAACGAUAUGAAUUUAAUUCAUUUUGCCUUCAGUUUUUGACGAAUAUUUGGAAUGUCAGGGGGUCGGAACAGUUUUCAGGCAUUUUUCCUCGUUUUUUAUUUCAUUUUAACCUGUGGAUCUGAAUAAAAUUGUUGCCGUCUUCUCCAGUUCCAAGAUUUUUUCCAAAAACUGAAGUUCAAAGUGAAUCAUUCAUUCCGUUUUUCAAUUUCAUCUUGAUUUAGCUGUUUAGAAUGCUUUUGCUUCAUUGUGAGUCGAUUAAACAAUUGCUAUUACUUACAGUAUUUCAGGAGUGUUAGGGUUUUUAUGUAGAAUCUUGUAAGCACUAUAUUUGGUCAUAUGAAUUAUCUCGCGCUGCGCCAAAAGAUUUUCCGUAAAUUUAUGAUCCAGACCUGUUGUUUUUUCGAAAUAGGAAAUCUCGGGGAUGGAUAUUUGAAUAGCAUCCAACUUCUGCAUUAAAUAGUCUCGGCCCUCAGGCGAGACCCAGUGAAUUUCGUCAAAUUUCGACUUCAGUGUUUGCUUCAGUUCACUAAAAAUAUCUGAAACCUAUUCAGUCAAUUAAAUGACGCGUCCAAUGACGUUUUUAUUCAGUUUUGUUUACCUUCAAUUUGAUAGUAUUUAAUUCAUCUUCAGUGAAUGACGACAUGUAGAGAUUAGAUGCAUCAUUUGGUAGAACACUGGUGGCGAGUUUUAGGCACUUGCUCUCCCAAUCUUUUGAGAACUCUAGUUGUCUCACCUUUGAAAAUAGAAAUUAUGAGGUUGUGAAGUGUUUUAAGGGGAAAUUUCAAGACAAUUUUCUCUGUUAAGAAUUAAAUUUCAGAGAAAUAAUUUCUUGUCACAUUUUUUCGUUGUCUAGAUAAUUAAAUAUUAAAAAUUGAAUUCUUCGGUGCUGUUACGUUUCACCACUUCAAUAAUUAAAAGUAUAAAAUGAAACUUGUUAAAUUAAACUUGCCCUCCAAAUCUCUUGAAAAAUCUGGUUUAAUUAUCUUUCAAAGUCGAAAUUGAUUUUGUCAGCUGAGAAGUGAAGAAUCGUAACGAAAAAAAUGAUUUUAAGGGGAAAUUUCAAAAGAAUUUUGUUUUUAGAGAAUUAAAUUUCAAACAAAUAGUUAUCCCUGCAAUUUUUCCUGUUAAAAGUUGAAUUAUUCGGUCCUGUUACGCUUCACCACUUCAAGAGUUAAAAAGUUAAAAUAGAAGUUUGUUAAUUAGUUCUCAAGUCAAUGAUCUACCCAGUUAUAGAUAUCGCCACCAAAAAUCCCGACAAUGGCUUUACACAGCUGUGAAAAAUUAUGUAAUCCAUAGUCAUCGAUUCUCCUCAGUGCACGAAACAAAUGAUCUUUGAAGUAAACUUGUAGCUUGGUGUCGUGGCUCACGUCUACUUCAGUUAAUCCCCGCAACAAUAGCGGCCACUUUAGCUGUUUAAGUAGAAAAUCAAACUAGUUAGAGUCCAGUGGAUGAUAAUUAAUUGUGAUAUGAUUUUUUGUUUUCUAUUUUUUAAUGAAAAGACAAAACAGAGAUAAGACUCACUAAUGUAGAUUGUUUCUCGAGAUCGCUGAGUGUUAAUACAGUGUAAUUUUUCGAUCUGUAUGCUUCCCGAAUUUCAUUCUCCGAUGGAAAAUCCUAGAAUUGACAAAGAAAUUGUAGAAUUUUUUUUUUCAUUGAAAAUAAAUUUAUUUGAUAAUCUUUUUUUUGUUACUGAUAAGAGCGGUUUGAUGAAGUCGAGAGGAAGCUCUCCGUUGAAUAAUUCAGUUAAGGAAUCCAACAGCUCGUUUGUAUUAUUCUGUACAAAGAAAGAAAAUUAAAUAUGAAAUUGAGACAAAAGUCA